AUGUUUUUGCUAUGCAAGCGAAGAAAGCAACGAGCGCGCAAAGUGCGGCGACCGAGAAGCACGUGGAUGCGAAACAUGUGCAGAAAUCGCAAGUUCGGCCACUCAUCUUUGCUCAUUCCUUUGCUGCGCCGGUCGGACCCUGAAUACUACUUCGAUUACAUGAGGAUGUUUCCGGCGACGUUCGAGAAGUUGCUGUGUUUGGUUAGAAGUGGGAUCGAGCGACUGGACACCAACUGGAGAACGGCCAUCCCGGCGCGGACACGACUCGAAAUAACACUUAGGUUUCUUGCAAGUGGUGACACUCAGCGCUCGUUGUCAUUUUCAUAUAUGAUUGGAAGAUCGACUGUUUCUGAUAUUAUUUCAGAAACCACGCAAGUGAUUUGGGAAACCCUGAAAAAAAGAUACGUUAAGUGCCCUACGAAACCCGAGGAGUGGCGCGAUAUUGCUAGAGGUUUUGAGCAGCGGUGGAAUUUUCCUAAUUGCGUCGGCAGUAUCGAUGGCAAACAUGUCACAGUCGAAGCCCCAUGUAAUUCAGCAUCUGAGAACUUCAACUACAAAGGAAGCUUUAGCAAAAUUUUGAUGGCUGUGUGUGAUUCUGCAUACAAAUUCCUCUACGUGGAAGUUGGUCGCUCUGGUGGAGAAAGUGACGGGGGUGUCUUCGGAAGGAGCUAG